AUGGGCUUCACAACCAUUAAGGUCACAUCUCCUCAUCAAGCUGUCGCUGAUCUGAGAACGAUACUCAAAGACAUACUCGAAUUCCCACCCGGCACAAGGGAGUGUUUACCAAGUUACCUGGGUGAUAUCACUGGAAUGAAAGCUGUGCGAGCAGACCUCCACCGCUGCCUUGCAAAGGGAGAAAAGCUGCCAGAAGAUAAGCUGCUUAAGUUCUUGGAACACGAACUGAACAUAAAAGAUAACAAGCAGUUUGUUAUUCGUCGUUUCGGUCACGGUCAAUCGAACCCCACGUACUACAUCAAAAUCGGAGGGAAGGAAGUCGUUCUGAGAAAGAAGCCG